AUGAUUCUCUUUAAGGACAUAAUUACAGAGAAAGACAUGUUUUCAGACGCUUACAAAUAUCAAGAAGUAGACGAUGGUAUCUUCUAUGAAGUCGAAGGCAAGCUCAUACUUGAAGAUGAUUCGAUAGACGAUAAUUUAAUUGGCGGAAAUAAAUCCGCAGAGGAGCCGGAAGAUUCUGGAACUGAAGAAAAACAAACCCAGAAAGUCGUCAACCUUGUAAAAGGUAGCAACCUUGAAGAGGACGAGACGCUAAAGGUUCCGCCGAAAAAAGGAGACGUUGAGAAGGCAAUUCAAACUUACGUAAAAAAGCUAGUGACAAAAAUUAAAGAGACCAGACCCGAUUAUGUGCCCACAUUCAAAGCCAAUGUUAGUAAAGCCAUGCGGAGAAUUCUUAGUAUUGGAAACUGGAAAUUCUAUCGCGGGGAGGACGAUGGCUAUGAAUGCGAAGGAAUGCUUGCUUUCUUGGGAUUUCGUGAAGAUGGCGAGACACCUUAUAUGCUGUUCUUCAAAGAUGGUCUUUACAAGGAGGAAGCGGUGAGAUUUGCGGGAGUGUCGUAUUUCCUUUUCAUCUACCGGGGGGUAUAUUUGGAAUUUUAA